GAAUAUUUUGUUAAAUAUCGAUUUACCUAUUCUAUUUUUGAAUGUCUAUAAAAAUCAUAAACUGCUAUGACAAAAUUAAUUAAUUUUACACAUUAAUAAUAUAUGUCAGAUAACAGAUAACGAAAAAUUCCAUUGAGUAGAUUAAAUAUUCAUAAUUUAGCGGCUUCCUCAAAAUAAUCAUCAUAAUAAUCAUGCAAAAAAAUUGAACAUUCCCCUACAAGUUAUUAAUUAGUGCUCUCAUAAUUUUGUAAAAACUAAAAACAAGAAAGAUGCUAAAAAUCAGUUCCAGCUUUCUUAUAAGAUAAAAGUGUUAUUCAAAACUUGUAAUAAUAAAUCAUUGAACUAACAAAAAAAGUGGAUUAUCUAACUUAGGAAAAUAAAACCCUUAAGCAGAAUCGAGUAAAUACAUUAAACGUAUUAUUUAACUUUUAUUCAUAGAAUAUUCAAUACAAAUACUAAAAAUUGAAUAGCUAUAGUCAAUUGUUAGAGUAAAUACAAUAAUUAAAAAUAGAAAACAUCUCUUUAAAACAAAGUCUAUUUCAAUUAAAAACAGAUUUCUAAAUCUCAAUAAAUCCUUUGAAAUAAAUUAUUAACCAUUACGUUACAGUACCCUAGCACGAUAUUUAAGAUGUUUUUGAAAUGAGAUUUUCUUAAUUAGAAAGUGAGUCUAAUUGAUUACUUUUAGAUUAAAUUUCCCUUUUUAAGUCAAAAUGUGAAUUAUUGAAUAUAGAAAGGGCUAAAUUAUUAGAGUAGAACAAUUAUUUAGAAAAUGAACUUUAUUCAUGUAAAUAAAAGUUAGAAAAUUAGAUCAAAUAAUGA